AUGUUGGAUUUAGGUCCAGACAAUCCGUCAAAGCAGGUCGGAGUUGUUGGCCUUGAAGUCAAAACCACCUGGAGGCAGCACAGCAUCUUCCGAAGGGAAGGAAACAAUCCAGAAGUAAGAGAAAUAUCCCCCAGGAACCACUCAGACUUCAGCCCCCCAGUUUUCCUCCUGACAGGCUUUCUGGGCCUGGAGAAACACCAUUUCUGGAUUUCCCUCCCCAUCUGCUGCAUGUAUUUCGUGGCCCUCGCAGGGAACUCCCUCAUCCUCUCCGUCAUCAGGACGGACCAAGCUCUCCACUCCCCCAUGUACUAUUUCCUCUCCAUGCUGGCCCUCUCGGACCUGGGUUUAUCCCUGGCCACUUUGCCCACCAUGCUGAGCGUCCUGUGGUUCAACCACCGUGAGAUCCCCUUUGAGGCCUGCCUGGCCCAGAUGACCUUCAUCUACGCUUGCUCCAUUAUGGAAUCUGGCCUUCUCUUGGCCAUGGCCUUUGACCGCUUGGUGGCCAUCCGGAACCCUCUGAGGUACACCAGCGUUUUGACCAAUGGGACGGUGAUCAAGAUUGGGGUGGGGGCUGCCAUCCGGUCCAUCUGCCUCGUCCUGCCAGGUCCCAUCCUUAUGAGCCUCCAGGAGUUUGGAAGGAUAAACGUGCUCUCCUACGCCACGUGUUUGCACCCGGAUCUCCUGAAGUUAGUUCAUUCAGACAGGAGGCACAGCAGCCUCUACGGCCUGGUCGUGAUGCUCUCCUCUACAGGGGUGGAUUCAGUCCUGCUGGUCCUCUCCUACGUCUUGAUCCUCAGGACCGUCCUGGGAGUCGCCUCCAAGGCGGAAGCCUUCCGGGCCCUCAGCACCUGCGUCUCCCACCUCUGUGCGGUCUGCAGCUUCUACGUCCCCAUGCUUGGGCUCAGCGUGAUCCAUCGGUUCGGGAGGAAGGCGUCCCCCGUCGCCUACAUCCUCAUCGCCAACGCUUUCUUGUUGGUGCCCCCCGUGACCAACCCCAUUGUGUACAGCGUGAAGACCAAGCAAAUCCGCAUUCGGAUCCUGAAGAGGUUCCGGAGGGAGAGAGAAGGGUGA